UUAGUGUCUUGGUACAAAACAGUUAGCGUCUAGUAAACUCUGUCUGUACAAUUCGGUCGUACAUCAUAGCAGUUUGUUUUCGGAUUUUGUGUUUUUCUCCGCUUUUUCCAUAUUGAUACUAGCACUCUUAGCUAUUCAUUUACAAUGAUCUCAAGAGCCACCAUACUUAAAAGAGUCGCUCAAAACUCGAGAUCGAUAAGCUCUUGUACAGUUAGAAGCUUUUCAGCCUCCGUUUCCAUCAAGAAGGACCAUGAGUUAGUCAAUUUAAACACCUUGCCAAGAAGAAAACCAUCUGAACUCAAUGUGCCAUUGGUGAACCCCACUGAAAAAUACAAGGAACAGAUUGAAGAAUUGCACAAGUUCGGUGCCUACAUCAUGGCUUGUAUGCCUAAGUACAUCCAACAGUUUUCUGUGUGGAAAGACGAAUUGACCAUCUACGUGGCUCCACUGGCCUUGAGGCCCACCAUGGUGUUCUUGAAGAACCAUACCUCUGCUCAGUUCAAGUCGUGUGUAGAUGUCACUGCUGCCGACUACCCAUCCAGAACAAACAGAUUUGAUGUUGUGUACAACUUGUUGUCUGUGCGUCACAACUCGAGAAUAAGAGUCAAGACUUACGCUAAUGAAACCAGUGCUGUUCCAUCGCUUGUUCCUAUCUACCAAGGUGUCAACUGGUUUGAAAGAGAAACCUACGAUUUGUUUGGUAUCUUCUUCGAGGGACAUCCAGAUUUGAGAAGAAUCAUGACCGACUAUGGUUUUGAAGGUCACCCUUUGAGAAAGGACUUUCCAACUACCGGUUACACAGAAGUCAGAUACGACGAAGAAAAGAAAAGAGUCAUCUAUGAACCUUUGGAAUUGACCCAAGCUUGGAGAAACUUCUCCGUAGGUUCUUCUGUUUGGGAACAGGUUGGUGAAGGUAAGGACUUUACUCCAGAAACAUUCAAGUUGCCUACCCCAGAACCAGAACCUACUCAAGAUGAACAAAAGAAAUAGAAUAGAACGCAAGUUCCUAAAAUUCAAUACAAUUUGAAUUCGUCUGUCAUUCUCCAUGCAUUUAAACACACCUUACCACCACUUUUUAUACUAGAAAAUCAUUACAAUUGUAUUUAAUUUAUUGC